UAGCUCUUUAGCAAAGGGCAUUUUACAAAGGUAAUACAGUACAGAUUGUUAGUACAAAACAUUCCUUUCUGUAAAAGUCUGGGGCACAAGUACCUAGAGGUACAUGGCAGAGGAGAGUCUCACAUGUUCCCAGGAUAAGCUCAUAACUUCCAGUUAAAGGCCAUAUGCCAAAGGAAGAAGACACAAGUAAUGUUUCUUGGUCCCCAUCAUUGAUAAAGAUUUGCUUAGGAGGCCAUGAAUUUACCAGGCAUGGAGGAAAAUGCCAGCUCUCUCACUCAUAGAGUCAUCUUUGCACCUGUGCCCAGCAGAUGGGGGGAGGCUUUUAAGCUUUUUGGUGCCUUUUAACACAUUCUAUUUAUUUAGAAGGCUCGCCAAGAGCUUAUAUUGAGCUGACAGGAAAGUUACAGGAUAGCUGUGCAUGCUUUGAAGUCAAAGGCAAGUAUUCUUUAUUCGGCUUUUCAGGAAGCUGGAUCCCUCAGCAUCCACGUGGAUUACAAGCGGGACCCCGCCAUGGAAGGGCCCGUCCCGUCUUGUCCAGUCCCCGUUAUCCUGGAAGUCCUCUCAAGUCCAUCGCCAGCUGUCCAGUUCAGAGAGUCAUGCUCCUUGAAGCUGUUCCCUCCUCAGGACUCUGAGGUAUCUACGAUACCUCUGUAUCUAUGUGGUCAUCUUUUGGGUCCGUCUGGAGAAGGGAGAGGGGACACUUCCUCGGGCCUCCCUCCCGCUGACGGCAAUCUCGGGCGUGGAGCUCUCCUCGUUACUGGACUGGCCCCUUCUCGGCAGUGUCGGCCGAGCUCCCCCCACGGCUGCCUCAGCCAAGUUGACUACUGCUCUGAACCCCAGAGUUCCCUGGGCAUAGACAUGUUGUUUGUGCAUUUAAAACCCCGUUAUGCUCGCAGGCGGCUUACAUGUAACAUCGAGGUGAGGGUGUGGCCCUCUUCCCCGCCCCCGCUCUUUUCAGAGGUAACAGGUCUUCAGAAGGGCGGGAAGGAAAAUACUGGAUUAAGUUAGGGAAGGGAUCUAGUAGAUGCCAGAGACAAGGUGGGGGACAAGUGGAAUGAAUCUUGUUGCUCUCUAGCCCCUUUCUCCGUUCUUUCCCCUCCUCCUGCAUUUCGCCCCCCGAAUUUGGGGAGGUGGGAUGGGGUGGUAGGAGCUGUUCUGCAGACUCAGUCCUACAGACUGACUACUGAGCCGCCGAGUCCUCCAGGCUUCCUAGAGCAUCCCGGAAGUGGGAAGGGGAAAGCCGGCCUCGGGGCCGGGGACGCUUCCCGGCCGCUGCCAAAGCUAGUCUCAGGGCAGGACCCAUCUAUGGCCACAGACAGGAAGGCUCAAGAUGACAGGGACCUAGGAGGUAGCUCAGGAGAGGAUAUCUGCUUUCAUCUGCCAUCAGCUUCUCAUCUCCUGGAACACUCCUUGGAUAUCACCUUAGAAGGUUCUGCUCCACUUCCAUCAUCUUCAAUAUGGAAUUGGUGUCCUUUGAGGAUGUAGCUGUGUAUCUCACACAGGAGGAGUGGGGACUUCUGGACUCUGCACAGAAGCAACUCUAUAGUGAUGUGAUGCUAGAGAAUUAUUGGAUUCUUGUCUCCCUAGGGUUUCCCAUCUCCAAACCUGACAUCAUCUGCCAACUGGAACAAGGGAAAGAAGCAUGGGUCUUGGAUAUACAGGUGCCUAAGGAACGGGUGCUCUCUAGAAAUACUUCCAGAGGUUGUAAGUUCAGAUCUGAGAACAAGAAUAUAACUUUAAGAUCAGAAAUCCAGGAGAAAGUUAAAUUACAUGAAAAUAUACCAGACAGAUCUAAAAGAAAUGUAUUUGAAAUACCUGAGUUUGGUGCACUCUUUGAACAGAACAUCAAUUUAACUAGUCAAAUAAGAACCUCCAGAGAGGAGAAUCAGCUUGAAUAUAUUUUACACCAGAGAGGUCCUGAGUCAGUAGAAGUUUUCCAUAACAAAACAACCAAAGAAGAAAGAAGCCAAGAAUAUAAUGAAUUUGGCAAAACUUUUUUUUGGAGCUCAAAGUUUAUUCCAUAUCAGAGAGUUUCUACAAAAGAAAGAGAAUAUGAAUGUGUUAUAUGUGGCCAAAAUUUUUCCCAGCUUUUGGCUUUUACUGAGCAUCAGCGAAAUCAUUGUAAAGGAAACCACUAUGAAUGUCAAAAUUGUGGCAAUAUCUUCAAUCAGAAGUCAGAAUUCCUAAGACAUCAAAUAAUCCAUAUAUCAGAAAAACCUUUUCAGUGUAAUGAUUGUGGAAAACUUUUUGGUCAUAGCUCACAUCUUACUGAAUUUCAGAGCAUUCAUACAGAGGAGAAACCUUAUAAAUGUAACAAGUGUGGGAAAGCCUUUGAUUUAAACUCAAAGCUUAUUUUAGAUGUAGAAAAAGCUUUCUAUGAAUGUAAUGAUGGUGGAAAAACUUUCACGCAAUUGUCAGAUUUUAUUAAGCAUCAGAAAAUUCAUGCUGGAGAUGGCAUCUAUAAGUGCAAUGAAUGUGGAAGAGUCUUAAGCAGUAAGCUACAUAUUAUUGAACAUAGCAGAAUUCAUACUGAUGAGAAACCUUUUCAUUGUAAUGUAUGUGGGAUAAUCCUAAAGAGUAGGAUAAGCCUCAUUCAGCAUCUCAGAAUUCAUACUGAUGAGAAAUCUUUUCAGUGUAAUGAAUGUGGAAGAAUUUUGAACAGUAGGUUAAGCCUUACUCAACAUUGCAGAAUUCAUACUGGUGAAAAGCCUUUUAAAUAUGAUGAAUGUGGGAAAGCCUUCACUCAGUUAAUAGGUUUUGUUAAUCAUCAAAGAAAUUAUACUGGUGAGAAACCUUAUGAAUGUAAGGAAUGCAAAAAAGCCUUCACUCGACAUUCGGUCCUUAUUCGACAUCAGAGAACUCACACUGGAGAGAAACCAUUUAAAUGUAAUGAAUGUGAAAAGGCUUUCAAUAGACAGUCAGUUCUUAAUGUACAUAAGAGAGUCCAUACUGGGGAAAAGCCAUAUGAAUGUAAUGAAUGUGGGAAAACCUUCUGUCGGAGUUCCACACUUAGCCAACAUCAGAAAAUUCACACUGGAGAGAAGCCGUUUAAAUGUAAUGAUUGUGGAAAACGCUUUGGUCGUAGCUCCCAUCUUACUGAACAUCGGAGAACUCAUACAGGGGAGAAACCCUAUAAAUGUAACAAGUGUGAGAAAACUUUUAGUUUGAACUCAAAGCUUAUUCGACAUGAGAGGGUUCAUAAUGGAGAGAAACCUCAUGAAUGUAAUGAUUGUGGGAGGACUUUCAUGCAAUUGUCAGGUUUUAUUAAGCAUCAGAAAAUUCAUGCUGGAGAUGGCAUCUAUAAGUGCAAUGAAUGUGGAAGAGUCUUAAGCAGUAAGCUACGUCUUAUUGAGCACAGCAGAAUUCAUACUGGUGAGAAACCUUUUCAAUGUAAUGUUUGUGGGAGAGGCCUAAGAAGCAGGAUAAGCCUCAUUCAGCAUCUCAGAAUUCAUUCUGGUGAGAAACCUUUUCAGUGUGAUGAAUGUGGAAGAACCUUAAGCAGUAGACUAAGCCUUAUUCAACACUACAGAAUUCACACUGGUGAAAAACCUUAUAAAUGUGAUGAAUGUGGGAAAGCCUUCACUCAGUUAAUAGGUUUUGUCAACCAUCAAAGAAAUCAUACUGGUGAGAAACCUUAUGAAUGUAAGGAAUGUAAAAAAGCCUUCACUCGACAUUCGGUCCUUAUUCGACAUCAGAGAACUCACACUGGAGAGAAGCCAUUUAAAUGUAAUGAGUGUGGAAAGGCUUUCAAUAGACAGUCAGUUCUUAAUGUACAUAAGAGAGUUCAUACUGGGGAAAAGCCAUAUCAAUGUAAUGAAUGUGGGAAAACCUUCUGUCGGAGUUCCACACUCAGCCAACACCAGAGAAUUCAUACUGGAGAGAAACCAUAUCAAUGUAAUAUAUGUGGGAAAACCUUCAGGUGCAGCCCAUACCUUACUGUACAUCAGAGAGUUCAUACUGAAGAAAAACCAUAUGAAUGUAAUGAAUGUGGAAAAGCCUUCAGUUUGAGCUCUAGGCUCCUACGACACCAGAAAAUUCACACUUCAGAGAAGUUUGCUGCAUUAUAAGUUCCAUGAUGUUAGGGGCUUUAUAGCUCUCAGUUCUGAGAGGUAAUCUAUAAUAGUAUCCUGCACUGAAUAGGUUCUCUGGUUAAUGGUUGUUUUAAAUGUUGAAAAUCCUCCUCCAAUUAGUUCUAACUUUAUUAGUGAAAAAAUUGAUGAUUGUGAACUCUGGGGGCAAAUAAAUUAUUUUAUUAAUAUAUUUUGGUUUUACAUUAUAUAUUUACAAAUUAUGCCCACUUUGUGAGACGUUUCUUGUAACAAAGUAAAAUAAAAUUAAUGAUAGUGACCUCAAGUGAAAAUUCAUGGAAAAUUUCACAUCUGCAAUACUUCCACCUCUUAAAAAAAAUGAACAAAAUAUUUUCAUUCCUCCUACUCCACCCACUGAAAAAAAAAGUUUUUAACAAUUAUGCAUAAUUCAAUAAAACAUUCCCCCAAUGGCUAUAUGCCAAAAUGUGUCUUGUUCUGUAUCCUAAAUCUAUUAUCUCUCCAAUAGAUAGGACAUUUUAACAGUAUUCCUUUGGAAUUGUGAAUGGUUGUUAUAUUGAUUGUGAUUCUUGGAGUUUAUUUUCAAGUGUUAUUAAAAUGUACAUUGUUUUGGUUCUUUAUUAUUUUUUACAAAAAACAUUGAAACUCUUCAUUUUUUAUAAUGUUGAUGUUACAAUACAAAUUAUUCCUAUUUCUUUUCACUUCAUUCUGCAUCAGUUCUUAAAAUGCCUUUUUAAAAUCAUGUUUCCUCAUUUUUUAUAACAUAAUAAUAGCAGUGGAUUACAUUCAUAAACUAAAAUUUAAUCACAGCUAUUCUUCCAUUCUCUCAGUUUCCAAUUUUUGCAAUUACAAAAAUUACCCAUCAGAUUUAUGGAUAGGAGAAAAAUUCAUGACUAAAUAAAACAUGUAGAGGAUCUUAAAAGAUAAUAUGGAUGGUUUUGAUUAUAUAAAAAGUUUCUGUACAAACAAAUCUUUUUGUUUCUCAAUACAAACAUAUGUAAAGAUAUUUUUAAACAUUCAUUUUGCAAGAUUUUGUAUUCCAAAUUUUUUCAUUCUUAUCGUCCCUCCUCCCAGCCCCUCUGUAUCAAGCAAUUUGAUACAGGUUAUACAUGUACAAUACUUUUAAACAUAUUUCCAUAUUUGACAUGUUAUGUGAGAAAAAUCAGACCAAAAGAGAAAAAAUAUACAAAAAGCAAACAACAACAAAAAAGGAAAAUACUAUGCUUUGAUCCACAUUUGGUCUCCAUAGUUCUCUGGAGGCAGAUGGCAUUUUCCAUCUCAAGUCUAUUGGAAUCGUCUUAGAUCAUUGAAUUGCUGAGAAGAGCUAAGGUUGUCAUAAUUGAAUAUUGCUGCUAUUGUGUAGUGUUCUUUUGGUUCUGCUCACUUCACUUAGCAGCAGUCCAUGUAAAUCCAGGCUUUUCUGAAAUCAGCCUGCUCAUUAUUUCUUAUAGAACAAUAUAAAUAUUAUAUUCAUUUGCCAUUCCCUAAUUGAUAGGCAUUCAUUCAAUUUCCAAUUCCUUGCCACUACAAAAAGCUGCUAUAAACUUUUGCAUGUGUGGAUUCUUUUCCCUCUUUUAUGUUCUCUUUGACAUACAGACCCAGCAGUGGCACUGCCGGAUCAAAGGCUAUGCAUAACGGGAUAAACCUUUGGAUGUAUUUCCAAAUUGCUCCUCAGAAUGGUUGGAUCAUUUCACUGUCUUUUCCUGUUGUCUUAGCCAAGCUCAGAGUUAUGAAGUGGUACCUUAGAAUUGUCUUGAUUUGUACUUCUCUAAUCAAUAGUGAUUUAGAGCAUUUUUUAUAUGACUACAAACUUGAAUUGAGAAAUCAAUUCUUGACUAGUCAAGGUUUAUCCUAUAGUAGAAAAUUGUCCAAGUCGGUUUGUAUUUAUAAUGAUUAUUGGGAAGUGGAAUUUUUUAUUUUAUAUUUUACAACUAGUUUUUUUUUAAGUGCCUUCUACUGGCAUGUGUAUUCUAGUAUAUGCACAUAUGUAAAAAAUAGUAAAACAAUCAUUGAAAAUGAAACAAAAAUCAUAUGUGGUUGUACAUAUCUCUAUAAGAUUGUUAUUUGUUAUAUCUACCCCAAAAGAUAUGUAUAUUGAAUUUAACAUAAUAGUAACAAAACCAUCCUCAUUUUACUGAUUUUUUUAGGUCUUUGUGUAUAAAACUUGAAUUUAUUGCUAUUAUCUUUAAUUCCAUAGUUGUAGUCAUAUUUUUUAAGGACAUUGGACUUAGUUUACUAAGAUUAAAUUCAAUAGAAAUGAAUACAAAGUCUUGAGAAGGUGGUGUGGUAUAGUUAAAGAGAAUUGGCCCUGGAAUCAGGGAGAUUAGUUUUGAGUCUUGCCUGUGUUAUUAGCAGUGUGACUAGUUAUCUUCAUUUGUGCUUUUUAUUAUAGAUCACAUUGGUAGUUGGAAAUUUUCAUACCAAAAGAUUCUAUUGAUGAAAUCGCAAGUCUAUCUUUAACUCCCUUCCUCCAAGAAUAAAAAAAAAAAAGUUUAAAUGUGGGUUCAAAAAUAAUUUUCCAAUUAAAAGAUAGGUAUGAAUAGAUUAACCCUUUUUCUGAAAAAGUUCUGGUGAUUUUAGUCAGUUGAGUCAAUAUGUUAAAGUGUCUCAAUGAGAAUACAUCCCUGAAUGCCUCCCUCUAAAAUUAAGAGGUAACACAUUUUCAGUGAGCUCUCUUUCUCCAUGAUAUGCAAAUACCCCACAAAUUUACAAAUCAGCUUUUUAUCACAAUAAACAGCUUUGGUGAAGGAUGUCAUAUGUAAAUACACAUUAGAAAUGUUACAUUUUAUAUUCAUCCAAUAAUUGUCAUCCUUGCCCAAGAAAAGUAUGUCUCACUGGCUAUAUGAGAAACAUUCUUGCCUCAUGGUAUAAUUAUCUGAUUGACAACUGGCAAAAUUAUCUUGGCACUUUUGAAUAUUGAGUUUUCUUAUAUUAUGUGGUAGUGGAUAUCCUUGGUCCUACUGAAUGGAUCAUUUCUGGACCCAGGGAUGAUUUGAACCAAUAGAGAUGUCUUCAAACCUUGAGGAAUUAGGCUUGUUGGUUGAAGGAUUAAAGGGAUGGCUGUGAAAAUCAGUUUAGAGAGUUUUCUCAAUUGUGUAAGAAGGAAUCCCUAAUCAAGUAAAUUGUAAGCUCCAUGAGAGCAGGAAGUGUCUUACCUGAUUUUGUAUCUCCUUCAGCAUCAAAACAGUGAAAUCCACACAAUUGGUAUUUUAAUAAAUGUUGUUUGAUCACAA